AUGGCGAGCUCGACAUUUAUGAUCAUGAGCAGUCACGGGCAUUUGAAUUUCUCCAGGCUUUUCGCUCGUCAAGAGCGAUGGAAAGGCUCGUACUACGAUCACAGGUCCACACGACGAGGUCUGUCAGCACGAUCGAGCUCCAAAUGCUAUGACGAGCAGUCGAGGAUCUUCCACAGCCAAAGGCCAAGCUUGGACUUCUCAAGGAAUGAUGGUAUCACUGACAUUGCGAGCUUCGUCUUCUCAAAGAAGAAGAGCUUCUCAUCCAGAGUGUCGCUGAUCGAUGGAGUUUCCGGGCGAGAGCUCACGUAUGGCGAGCUCGAGAGGCUCGUCUUCAAGCUCGCGGAGGGACUCGUUGAUCUUGGUGUGGAGCACGGCGACGUUGUCAUGCUCCUGGCUCCAAACUCGCUCUACUAUCCUGUUGCGCUGCUCGCUAUUUCUUCCAUCGGAGCUCUCGCUGCUACUCCCAAUCCUCUGGGAACUCCCGACGAUGUCCGGCACCAAGCGAUGCUCACGAGCGUGAAGCUGGUCAUGUCCACGCGGGAUCUCCUGUUUAAGAUCGAAGGCUUGAGUCUCCCAGCGAUUGUCAUCGACUAUAACAACGAUGCUUCUUCCUCUGAUCAUGGCGAAGAACAACCCAGCGUUGUGCUACUUUCGACGAUCCUGGAGAAAGUUUCAUCGCUCUCCUCCUUAAACUCUGGCAAGAAGAACCGGAGCCUCCAUGAUCCAGCAGCCGUGCUCUACUCGUCUGGAACCACUGGCAUGAGCAAAGCAGUGGUGCUCUCUCAUGCAAACAUUUGCUCGCAAAUCAUGCAGCUUGCCAGUUCUUGCCAUCAUCAAGGCCCAGAUCAUGGAAACAUCAUCGAGCAGGAGGUCCAUCUCUGCGCUUUGCCAAUGUCUCACAUAUUUGGCUCGGUGGUGAUCACGCUCCAGCAGCUCUACCGUGGAAACCAAACGGUAGUUCUUCGAGGAUUUGAGCUUUCAGGGAUGCUUGCUGCGAUCGAACGCUACCAUAUUUCUCACAUCUAUGUAGUUCCUCCGGUGGUCUUGGCUCUCGCUAAAACUCUCCAAAAGAACAAUGGAAGCUUAAGAUAUGAUCUCUCCUCUUUGCAAAACAUUCUCUGUGGAGCUGCUCCACUAGGCAAGGAAUUGAUCGAGACGUGCUACAAAUACCUUCCAAACACGUCCUUCUCGCAAAUAUAUGGUCUCACAGAAGUCACUGGAGCUCUCACGCUGAUCAAGGAUUCUAGACAAAAUGAGAAUCUAGCAGCUUCCGUGGGAACGAUGCUCUCGGACAUGGAGGCCAAAGUCGUGGACGUGGAAAACAGCGAGCCUUUGCCUCCAAAUCACAAAGGAGAGCUCCUGGUUCGAGGUCCAACAACAAUGAUCGGCUACAUGAACGAUCCUCAAGCAACGAGCUCUACCAUGAAUCCUCAAGGCUGGCUUCGUACAGGAGAUCUCGUCUACUUCGACGAGCUCGGGAACUUGUUCGUCGUUGACAGGAUCAAGGAACUCAUCAAGUACAAAGCUCUCCAGGUUGCUCCCGCGGAGCUUGAAGCACUGCUAUUGUCACAUCCUCAGAUCUUGGACGCUGCUGUGAUACCGUACAAGAGCAAGGAAACUGGUGAAAUUCCAAUGGCUUUUAUCGUCCCUUCGCUGGAUGGCAACUUGACAGAGGACCAAGUGAAAGCUUUCGUUGCCGAGCACGUUGCGCCUUACAAGCGAGUGAGGAGAGUAGCAUUCACAAACGCCAUUCCCAAAACAGCGUCUGGAAAAAUCCUAAGAAAAGAGCUCGUAAAGCAACUCUAAAAGUUAAGCAAGUACUUGCAAUGCUUUCUCUCUUUUCAUCCCUUUGCUGGGAUCUAUAAGCUUUUUUACACGAAAACUCUCGCAAAAUCCAGACUUA